AUGGCUUCACCCGAAGAGAUGCGCUCUUAUGAAGAAAGUCGUAAUAAUCUUUUAAUGAUUGUCCAGCAAGCGCAAAACGCCUACGACAGUCGAUACCCAGACAAAUCACGACAAGGCAUGCUAGGGCGCAUUAAGAAUGGCUGCCAGAAAGUUAGCGAGGUGGCAUACCCGUAUACACAGAUCAUGGAUGUAUUUGUCGGUCAAGCCCCAGAGUAUGUUGGAUUGGUAUAUGGUGCUGUCAAGUUACUUCUAGUAGCCCAGAUCAACCAUGCGGAGUUGAAGGAGAAGGUAAAAGAAAAUAUGGAGAUCAUCAAAACGAAAUUCGAGAUCAUGGACCACCUCACAAGCUAUAACCCAACGGAGCAAUUGGUCCAAGCGCUUGGGAGAUUCUAUGACUGCUUCCAACGAUUCUCCAUAGACCAGGUCUACAGCGAAGUGCGCGAUAUCAUUCACUUUUCGACCCAUUUUACUGGUCAAACGGUCCUCACAAAAGUCUCGCAAAUUCUGGACUUCAUGACAGAAAACACGAUUCGGUUUUCCAAGACGAGCGAUUUUGAAGAGACUUGUCACCUUUUUCAACAGCGGGUCGAUGCUAAAAUGGAGGAACACGGUGUGGACGGUACACCUGUGGAAACAGCCAGGGAUUCUAAAUCCUCGCCUGAGCCUCACAGCAUGGAAGACAGUUUGGCCAUGCUAUUUACUGAUCUCAAUAGGCUCGAGGAUACCCGGACGCAGAAAUUGAAAAUAGAAGAACAACGCCCGGAGAUGCAUCAAUAUCGUUCCACAAAGCGCAACAUACUGAAAGUGGACCAUGUCAUGGAUUGGGUUGAAGCACAAUCUUCGCAGCUUCUGUGGGUGGACGGGAACAACUCUCUUCGUCGAGAGACAUUCAGCGCCUCAUUUGUUGCGCCGAUUUUGCUAUUAGGGGAGAAUCACUUUGCGACGAGUAUUGUGCUGCGACAUUUCUGCGGUGAUAGCCACGGGACCAGCCCCAGUAACUAUCCAGCACUAAUUCAGUCCUUGCUCACUCAGCUAUUCAAGCAGCGUGCUGAUCUUUGGUCGGGCGCUUCUGAUUCCCUUGACCGAGAGAGUGCGAGCAAUAUUCGCGUAUUAUGGAAGGUUUUGGUUGAUUCUCUUCAAAAUGCCCAGGUACCAUGUGUAUUCAUCGUCAUUGACAGCAUCGACAGUCUAGCUUCCCAGAAAACCGCAGAUGGUGUGGAGGAGCGCGACUUUAUUAUCGAAGCGUUAAACACUUUGGUCCAACAGUCCACGUUACUUGUCAAAGUGUUGCUCACAGCAUCGCUUUCCCAUACCACUCAACUUGCAGGAACAGACAAUGCGUUGACAUUGGGUACUCUUUCAUAUGCCGUUCAAUCCCAGAAGUCAAAAAAGCUUUCCAACGCCAUCACGGAGGAAUACUUGAUGCCAGUUUCGCAUAAAUUUGUCGAAAUCCAAGAGCGCAGAUGCAAAACUAUCCGGUUUACCCAGCUUCCCUUGCUCUACCAGGUCAAUUCCACAAUUUAUUGCUGGAAAGGUAAAGUCCUACGAGCAUUUGUUGUGUCCGAGCUUUCUGGGAUGGACCGGGGCCAUUUGGGACAUAUGGGCCACUUAUUCUUCGGGUUUGGGCUGUCGACCAUAAUGGCAAAACUUUUGUCAGGCGAUUUCACGACUUCCGAAUUCCCUUCUUUGCUCGCGAUGUCGACAUUGUUGAUCUGA